GCCCUCCAACAAAUGCUUUUUUAAUUUUGUUUUCAAAUUGAAUUUUUUUUGUUAAGCGCGCUUAAAAGCAAAAAAUAAGCAAUAAUAAGCUGGAAUACUGCUAAAAAUAUAAAUAAAUAAUUCUUUAAAUUAUCAAUAAAACCGCAUGUUUGCUGCCUAUCCAAAAUGGAAAAUGAUUUUGAGUCUGAUUUAAAGGGUACUCCGGCUGAAGCCUCCGCGGCCAAACAAAAAAUCGAAAAAUAUUUCAAACGCUAUGGUGAUUCUGGCCACCAGGAAGCGAGAAAACAUCAACUAAUGUUUGCCAGUAAAAUUAUGUGUACAAUUGCUAAAUGUGAGAAUAAACAUAUGGAUUUGUAUUGCAACAUUAUUAUAGAGACGUUUGCGGAUCAUUUGUGUCCGCAGGCUAGUGUGAAGUAUUGGACUUUGUAUGUUAAUUGCAUACGAUAUUUUCAUUAUUUACUGGCGGACAAGAAAGAUUUCGAAAAAGCCUCUCUUAUAUAUCGACACAUCUCAGCCUAUGACAAUAAAUUACAAAGCAGCGAAAAUAGUUUAACCUACAUCCACAUCAAUUGCUAUCAAUUGUUCCUGCAAAAUUCACUACGUUUACAAAACCAAGAUUUAGCUAUGAGCGAAGCAACCAACGUUCUUGAAAAUCUAACAAAAUUAUUUAACGAUGUUUUAGAAACUAAUAAAACGCAUAAUUUCCAAUAUCCCGAUCUAUUAAAGAAAGCCAUAUCAUGGUUGUUUUUACAAAAUAAAAUUGGUGCAUUUUAUCAAUUUAUAAAAUAUUUACCACAAAAUAAAGUUAAGGAAAUGUUUUGUGCCUUAUUCUCGCUAUAUGGGCGUCAAACAUUUGACAAAUCCUUUGAAGAAAACGAAAUUCAAGAACAAGCUAAAUUUAUAAUUGAAACAAUUUACUCUUUACUACAGCUGGAUAUAAUGGAUAAAAUGCAACUACAAUUAGCCGUACAACUUAUGGGCCAAUGUCGUACAGAACCACGCUUACAAUCUUAUAAACCUAUAGCUGAUUCCUUUCUUUUACUUUACGAUUACUUAAAGUUAUUGUGCAGUCAAAAGUCUAUUUUAGAUUUUCAACAAAUCUACAGCAUACGUUGUGAACGUUUUAAGGAACUAUUCGAUAAAUAUUCCAAAAAUGUUAUACAUCAACCUUGGUUUGGUGAUUUCCUCGUCUUGUUAUUCUAUUUACAUUCACAACUACAAAAUAUCACUAUAUUUGCUACAUUUUGGAAGCAAAUGUCUAAACCGUAUUGUUAUACUUCUAUAUUUAAGCUUUUUAUGGAAUUGAUGAAAUUGGCUCCAUGCAUAUCGGCGGAAACAAAAUUAUUUACAACAAAUUGCUGCAGCAGUACCAGGAAACAUGUUAUUCUAUCAUUUGCUCAAAUUGCUUUGGCCGCUUUUGUAUUCUAUUGCCAGAAUGUUAGUGAAGAUGAUAAAAAACAAGAGGAAUUGGCAAAUCGUGAUAGUAAUCUCACAGAUUACUACAAAGAGACAAUACAAAAUAAUCUAAUACUGAUAAUAAAUCAUGCCUUUAAAAUUAUUGACAAAAUGGAUUGUAUUACAGACAAAUCACAAGAAAUAGAAAUAAUAUUGACACGUUUUAAGCAGGCAACACUGAGUUGUAAAUCCUACAAACAAGCUGGUACCUGCGUAUCGAUAUGUGAAUUAUUUUUAAAGAUCAAAACAAAAAUACCAGGGAAAGAAUGGCCGCUGCUGUUAAGGCGGCUCUAUAAAACCGUAUCACAGAAUAUAAACGAGGCUCCACACAUAGGACGUGAUAUACAAAUGUGCUAUAUAGCUUCUUUGUUACAUGAGACGAUAAGCGAAAUAGAUAUUGGUCAAAUACGUACACAAAUAAAUAUAUUUUAUGCUGCCGACUCAAAUGAAUCAUUAGCACAUGAAAAUUGUUUAACGAAUUUGUAUCAAAAUACCACAAGUCUGCUUAGGCCGCAUUUGGAACAGUCACGUAAAAAGUUAUUACAUUGGUUGGAGAGUCAACACGUUUUAAAAUACUAUAAAGCAAAUACUGCUCUCUUACAUUCCAUUCUAAAAUCUUCUCAAACCCAUUAUGAUUUUGUUGUAAUAACAAAAUUGGGUAAACUACAAACCUAUGCCAUGGCAAAAAUCUCUUCAUUAUAUAAAUCUUUUAAAUCAAAAGCGAAAGAGUUGGUUGAGCUUAGCCGAGUGGAGCACUUGACAUUCGGUCAUGUCUGUGUCAUGUUACUAAACGAUAUGAAUUCAAAUCAAAAAUUUCAGGUAGACUCAAAGGAUUUAAAUGAGGAACAAUUGGAAAGUUUGUUAAGGCGCGAAGAAAUGUCAACGUUUACGUUAAACAACGAUUUGAAACGCUUCAAAUUAGCUUGGGAGGCGUUUAAGGCAUUCGAACAUUUUUAUGAAAAGUUUGACAGCGAACCAAUAUCUAUGAAUGAUGCCAUCAUCGAUUGGGAAUCAAUUUUAGAUGAUCUAGCCAGUUUGGCACUUUGUUUACAAUUGUCCGGUUACAUGGAACACUGUUCACAAAUUUGGUUACUACACUAUAAAUGUUCACGCCUAAUACAAGAUGACUUUUCUGCCCUACGUGGUUUAACCUUUUUCUGUGAAUAUUCCGAACAUUAUGGAAAAAAUAAUAGUAACAAACCCUUUGAACUGGAGGAUGAAAUUCAAUAUCAUUUCCCCAGCAUAAUGCAAGGACUUGAAAAUUUAACGAAUCUUCAAAGACAGACAUAUCAAAAUUACAUUUUAUUAGCUGUACUACAAAUAGCUUACUAUUAUGCUCGAACAUCGCGACUAACAUUUGCUCAAAUGUUGAUACAGUAUGUUGAAGAAAAACAUGUUGAGUUGGUCGAACGUCAGGGACGUUAUGAUAUUAUUCUUGCUACCAUGGAUGUCAUUAAAUUUCGUUUGAUGUGGAAACAUUUUGAUGAUACAAAAUCAACUGCAGAAGAAAAGGCUGCACGUACCAGCGCUGAAAAUUUGCUCUUACAUCGCUGUCUCUUGCAUGAGGUGCAAGAGACUUUGGAUCGUCUCUAUGAUUUCUCGUACAUUAGUUCAUGUGAUGGUCUAUUGUAUUCGAUUAUGAUUAUUGGUUUAGUCCAAGAGCUGGCGGAAUGUACAGUCAAUCGUUUAUGUGAUAAUUUUAUAAAUGCACUUUUUAUAGCUACCACUAAGUGUACAUUGCUAAUGGGUCUGGCCUUACGUUUCGUGCAAGUGAUGGGCAUGUGGAUGUGGGUUAAUUUGCAAAUGGAAUAUGUUGAUAAGGCACAGACAAAAUUAAAAAUAAUUGAAUAUGUUAUGGGCAUUAAAAGUCUUAAUGAGAUAAUGGAAAAGAGUACAAAAACCAUAAGUGACAUACAGUCUAGUACAUUAUUACCCACACAAUGUGCAGAGUUAUUUACACAAAUCCAGUAUAAUCCUGGCAUGGAGGCAAUACGCCGUCUGGCACAAGUACAAUUAUCGCCUAUUAAAACGGGCAAAUUACAGUUGAGCCCCUCACAUCGUAAUACCGAUUUGAAACGUUAUUUUAAAUGUAAUGUUGAUGCCAAACUUAUGCCACAAAACGAACAAAUCGAAUGGACAUUAUUCAUGGUGGGAUGCUUAAAUGCUAGACUCUAUUUUCUAGUAGAGGACUAUGAUCAAUUGGAGAUAUUCUACGAAAGAGGCAGCAAGUGGCUGCAAAUGCGCAAUAAUAGUUUCAAUAAGAAAUACUAUAAAAACAUACAACUUAUGGCCAUGCAACAUUAUGCGAAUUUUCUUAGAGCCCGAAAAAAGUACGAUAAAGCCGUGCAAUGUCUGCAGUAUGGAAUGGAAUUGUGUGAAAACAUGAAAUUCUAUAUAGAUGCUGUUUACUAUGUUAAUUUUCAAUUGCAACUCGUGGCCACGCAAAAGCAAAUGGGUGACUGCAGUAAUGUAAAAGUCCCACUGCCCACAUAUAGUAAAAUAAGAAGAGCUUUACAAUUCAAUAUAUCUCCGGAAAAUGUACAACUUAAAGAACAAGCUAAAAAAGAACUAAAAGAGAAACUGUUACAAAAUGUAAUGGCUUCAGGAAAAAAGCCAACAGCAAUAAUGAGACCUUUACCCAGCAUUAUAAUGGGCAGUGGUUGCUCCUCCUCAAAGAAACCCAAAACUCAAACAGGCGCCAGCAGCAGCAGUAGUAGUUCCGGUAGCACUACUAGUUUAGAUAGCAAAACAACAAAACUUAAACCAAAACCUAAAUUUGAAAUUUGUGAAGAUUCCAUUGAAAUUGUGGAAGUCACGGACACUAUAGCCGAUGUAAUUGUUAGCGAAGAAGCAGCUAAAACUAUAAAACGAACUAAAACCCCAGAUGAACCAGAACAGCUACAUAAGACCCCCAAAGUUACAAAAACUACUACGAAAACAACAAAAACUACUACGGCUAGCAAAAGAGAGGCGAAAAUCAAAAAACCAGAACUUGUGCCGCCACAAUAUCAUAUUGAUAUUGAUUCAACCGAUACACCCAAAACUUCGCCACAAAUAUCUUCCUCUUCUGCUUCAUCAUUCGAAUCUUUAGAUACCAAAGAAAAUCUCAAUACAAAUGAUCUAAUAGCACAAAUGCAAAAUCUAGAAAUUAAAAGCACUAAAAGGACAAAAGCUCCUACGGAAAAUGAAACACAAACGAAAACCACUAGAAGUCGUGGGCGUAAACCUAAUCUAGUCAAGGAAGCUGUGGCACCGGUUAUUAUCGUUUUAGAAGAUUCUCCUUGUACAUUAAAACCAGCCCCUAAGGAAGCUACCAAAGAAAAAACUAAAUCUACAACUAGGAAUCGAGCCACCUCCAGAGAUAAAACUUCUAGCAAUGAAGAUACUGUCGAUGUAAUUACAGUCGCUGAAAGUCGUCCCCGUAGACAACGUAGACUUGUUUUAGAUAAAACUGAAAAACCAGAACCAGAACCUGCAGAAUGCACAACUACAGCAAGUGUUACUAGAAGACGACAGAAAAAAAUAGUUUAAUACAUACUUUACAAUUAUUUAUGGAAAUUGUUUUUUUUUUCGAAUAAUUUAUGCAAAACUAUUAUUGCAAGUUAUUUAAGUUUUAUUUUUUUUUCUAACUUUAAUUUUUGUAUUCUUUUCUCUGUAGUUACUUUUUAUUUAAAUAUAUUUUGAUUAAAUACAUUUUCACCAACAUACAAUAAUAUAAAUGGAUUUCUAUUAUCUAGAUUUUAGAAUGCUGCAA